AUGGAGCUAAAUGGGCCGCUGGAAGAGCCAACCGAAGAGGAAGAGUACACUGAAUCGGACCACACACGACCGUCGAUGGAGGAAGAUUUUCCAAACUUCCGCAGCUUCCAAAUCGUAAAGAUGGUCAAACACUUCCGCGUCAUCACUGACGGCUCGGAUCAGCGUUUGCGGCUCGGGUUUAAGUGUAAAACGUGCGGGCAUACGUUUAACAAGACGAUGCAACUGCUCGGUCACAUACGGAUGCACUUUGAGGACGAACAUACGUGCCGCGAGUGCGGUAAAUACUUUUUCGAUCCGAACAAGCUGUCGACGCACAUCAAAGCCAAGCAUACCGUUAGCAUGGUAAAAUGCCAACUCGGGUGCACCAAGUUCACAACGACCACGUUUAAAUGUUUACAACUGCACUACGAGCGCUACCAUUUCGUGAAGAUACGCAUGCGAGAGAUGCGUAAGAUGGACGAAGCAAUACGCAGCGGUGGAACGGUGAUGACGGAGCUGGUCAAUAGCCAGCCGAAACGCAAGCGCAGUCGAAGGGGCCAGCUCAAAAUAAACGACGAAGAGUCGCAGGAAUCACUGGAAGAGGUCGCUGUCGAACAGGCAGAGCCGGAGCAGCGACCAGAGCCCGCUGAGCCAGAAGACUGCAUGCCGGCGAGUAGUGAUGGCGAAAUAAUUGCGGAUGAGUGCACGGUCAGCGACCAGAUGCAGUGUUGCGUCUGUGGCGCAAUAUUUGGCAACGAACAGCAGCUGGCACUGCACGAAAGCACUCACACGUCACCGUUCGAGUGCAGCUUCUGCGAGACGGAGUUUCUGGAGCUGGAAGAGAUUCGCGAGCACUAUCAGAGCAAACAUCAAAUGGUGGGUAGCGCCACACAAUUCGUCAUCACGAGCACACAUCCGUCAUCUCAGCUGCAAGUUCAGUCUCAGCCGCACCAAAUGCAACAGCACCAGCACCACCACCAGCUGCAGCUUCAACACCAGCAACACCCGCAGCAGCAGGUGCACCAUAUCGCUCCGACGGCCCAGUUCAUACCGAAUCAAAACCCUGGCGCAAUCACCACGAUGCUGGUAAUGCAAAACGGUAUGCUAAUCCCCGUGCAGACGAUCGACAGCUCCCAGCUGGCGGCAGUUAAUUCGUUUCCGCAGACAAGCAUAACGCAGAUUGGCCAGAACCAGAUCGCCUGGCCUAUCACCGCCACGCCGAUCACGUCGAACCAUCACCCACAGGCCCAACAGGUUUUGCCGCCGGUUCAUAAUCAGAUCGAGAUAAUUCCCCUACACGGCCCAGCUCCGGUGACACAGGCGGGGACCCCAGUGAGCGCGGUUUGCAUUGCACCGCAGCAUUUACAGACGGCCGGCGGAGGCGGAAGCUACGUUAUCAACUCGAUCGCAUCGAUCGAUCCCAGCUAUCUGAAGCAAGUCGAUGCAGUCACGGUACAGCAGCACCAGCAGCACCAACAGCAACAGCACCAACAGCAACAGCAACAGCAACAGCAGCAACAGCAACAGCAGCAACAGCAGUUCCAGCAGCAGCUGCACAGUACGCAACAAUUGCACCAGCAACAAUAUCACACGUAGUAGAACGUGACUCGGGCCAGCGAGAACUUUCCAGUAGCUAGAGCAUCGAUCACAUGAUACAUAAUGAACAUUUUAGAAAAUCGGUAACGAAUAGAACCCGGUUCUAGGGAAACGUAUCGCCCCUUCGUCAAAGGAGCUUUAAUGUGGUUUUAGAAUGCGACACGCUGUUGAUACGCUGCAGUGGCGUUAGUGGACAACACUUCGGACGGUCAACAAAGGAUUUUCUUUUAUCAUACAUACGUAUAUAGACGCGAGAAUUUAGUAAUAGUUUUGAACCUUAUUCGAUGAUGAUAACAUUGCCGAUUUGCAGAAUUGGAAAGGCGUGAAAGGAUGGCGUUUAUUGGAGAGUUUGUUUUUAUUUAAGACAAUCGUUUGGUUCUUUCUGUUCGUCAAAGCGUUUUCAUCGAGCGUUUGAAAACGAUUUAGUGUACCGAAAGGGAAGCGUACUGUUUGUUACGCCAUUAUAUUAAUCUAUAUUUCUUAUCGAACAUAAAUGGGAAAUGAAAUUUGUUUAC